AAGAGAGAGAGAGGGCUGAGCUGCCGUUGGCGACCCCCUCGCGGAAAUGGCCGUGUCGUCCGUGGAGGACCUGCUGGCUCGCGCCGAGGAGCGCGAAGCGGAGACGCAGCGCAGCGUGGCUGUGCACAAGGAGCUGGAGCUGGAGUUCGACGUGGGCAACCUGCUGGCGGUAGACAAGAACCCGGCGCCGCGCGGCACGGGGGCCGCCUGCCCGCAGCGCGAAGUCCUCCUGCGCGCCUUGGCCCGCGACAACACGCAGCUGCUGGUGGGCCAGCUGUGGGCGCUGCCGUCGGAGCGCGCCGAGGGAGGAGCGGGUCCCGUGGUGGCGCGGCUGCCGGACCCUUCGACGCGGCUGCCCCGGGAGAAGCCCCUGCCCAAGCCGAAGCCCCUCACGCGCUGGGAGCAGUUCGCCCGGCUCAAAGGCAUCCGCCCCACGCGGAAGAAGCGCGGCACGCUGGUGUGGGACGAGGCGGCCAAGGAAUGGCGGAGGCGCUGGGGCUACCAGAGGGCCGGCGGGGACCCGUCCCGGGACUGGCUGCUCGAGGUGCCCGACUCGGCCCACCCGCUCGAGGACCAGUUCGCCAAGAAGCGCCAGGAGAAGCGCGAGAAAGUGGCGCGCAACGAGUACAACCGCCUCAGGAACCUGGCGCGCGCCCACCGCGGCGGCGGCGCCUCCUCCGCCGAGCUGCACCCCACGGGCCACCAGGACCGCUCCGAGUUGGGCCGAGUCACCGCCCUCGCCCGCGUCUCCACCGCCUCCGUCGGCCGCUUCCAGCCUCGCCUCCCCAAGGAGCCCCGCGCUCCACAAAGCGCCCGGGGCAAGAAGCGCCGCUUCGGGCCCGUGUUGGGAGAUCUCGACGGGGAGAAGAAGAGGCAGCUGGAGCUUGUCCGGAGCCUGGGCAGCAGAAAGACGCCUCUGGACCUGACCCGCGCGGUCAACAAGCAGCUGCGGGAAGACGAGGCCGAGGCUGCUAAAGCCAAGGGCAAGAAGCAGGGGCAGCGGGGCAAGAGGGGCCGGCGCCAGCAACAGAGGCCCGGUGGGGCCAAGGGCAAGAAAAGUGGAGGGGCAGCUCGGAGAGGGAAGGCCGGGCGACCGGGAAGUGGCGGCGGCGGCAAGGGGAAAAGAAAAUGAGCCUGGCCACCAAGUGUGCAUCAUCUAAAGAGAACUGAGGACCUCAGCAAAUUACAGGACUACAGUAUCUUAAUUAUAUUUAAGGAAAUGUGGCCUUGACUUGCAGAUACUUUUUUCUCUACUUGGGCAGUGGUCUUAGACCCUCUUGAGAACUUGGUUGGGCCAAAGAAACAAAAGUGGGGUGAGACCUUUAUCCCUCCAGAAAACCAAACCAAACCUUGAGCAAUAAUACUUGACUGAAUUGGAGCUGGGGUGGCCUUGAGAAGGCAGAUCUUUUCACUCUGCAAAGAAUAAAAGUUAUGUAAGACGUAUGCAAAGAUCUCAUGGAGCGUAUAAUUUCCCAAAAGUUACAGAAAUACAGUUCAUUUGUUAUUCUAUACUGUGACUUGGAUUGACAAUAGUCAUAAAAUCAUGACAAAGGUGUGCUGAAAUAUUUGUAAAGUUAUGCAUCAUACAAAAUAUAAUCCUAAUAGUCUUUCUUUACUUUUAGUGAUACCUCAAGUGAACAUCUUUAAGAAGUCAAAUAUGUGUCUGAAAAUGCGUAAUGAUGACAAUGUGAAUGCAGAUAAUCCUGCAAAGUAAUACAGAAAGAGCAGAGCAAUUUCAGACCUCAUGUAUACUUCUUUUUAGCCUAGUAGUUGAAUCAAAUCCAAAGUUUGAUAUUACAUGGAUCUUAAAUAUUGAUGUGACUCGGAGGAUUCCUGUGUUUCUUUUGAAAGACACAGAAGAAACUCAUUGAUUUGAGUCUGAAUUUGUGUUUUAUAUAAAUAUUUUAUGUUGUAUAAGAAACAAUGUGUCUUUGUCUUAAA